AGAGAGAGAGAGAGAUAGAGAGAGAGAUUAAGGUAAAAUAAAAUGAAACCACAAGAACACCAUAGCACGUGUACAGUUACUUGUAAGAACAACUCUUUCAGCUUCGUAGCACAACAGAAGACCAUUAAAACAAACAAAUAAACACCUCCCCUUUGAAAAAUUCAUCACCCGAUUUCCAUAUUUUCUUCAUCAAACAAAAAAAUAAAAUUAAAAAUAAAAAAGGAAAUAUGCAGCAGGCAAUCAACAUACAGAAUUCAAUCCCAGAUGAUAUUGCCCUCAAAAUCGCUUCAUCCCUUCAUGUUUUCGACGUGUGUUCCUUAGGCAGUUGUUCUAGGUUCUGGAGGGAUUUGUGUGGCUCUGAUUGUGUGUGGGAGGGUCUAUGCAAGAAUCGGUGGUCUUCACUUUCUCUGGAUGAUAUUCAUCAAGAAACACACUCCAAUUCAAAGGGAUGGAAAGGGUUGUAUAUAAGUAAGCACAUAGAUAUGGCUGUAAAAGCAGCUUCUGUGACAACUUUUAUGGAAAAAGCUUUAGCUUUUGAAUCGAUCGAGGCUGGUAAUUAUUUGAAAGCCAUUGAAUUAUUGAAAUCGCUGCAACUUGGAUUCGAAGAUGUUCGAUUCUUCUUCCUCAAACCGAAUCUCGAUGUGCUGCUUAACUUGAUCGGAUUGCACUACUGCAUUGUUUGGCUCGGUGUUCCGGCGGAGUAUGUAAUAGAAGCACUAGAAAGAAACCGUGUUUCGAAGAGGCAAGUGUGUGUGCAAUGGUGGAAACUCGGAAGAUGGUUUUACGGGUUCCGGUUAAGGGACGAGUUUCAUUCUAGAAGCAUCUCCUUGGAAGAUCUAACGGCUAGUGACGAACAAAUUAUUGGAGUGCUUUCUCGUGGGGCCGUACACGAAGUUAUUCGUGUUCAAAUUUCUGCUGCUAAGCCUACUCACACGUCGUGGUCUCAUCAAGUUGCUCAAGUGUGAUUAUAAUAAGAAAAAAAAAGGCUUCGUCUGUUUCGAUUUUGUAAAUAUACGGGUCGAAAAGUUGUCUUUCAAGACAUCAAUGUAUAUGUUAUGUAAUUAUUGGCUUUGUAAAUAAGAUGUCUCUAAUUUGUGUGUGUGUGUGUGUGUGUGUGUGUGUGUGUGUGUGUGUGUGUGUGUGUGUGUGUGUAUAUUAAGUUGUACUUUUUCAACCUUGUGUGAACAUAUUAUUUUAUGCAUCUUUUUUUUGUUUUUU